AUGUCAGGUCGCGGAAAGGGAGGCAAGGGUUUGGGCAAGGGGGGCGCCAAGCGUCACAGAAAGGUCCUCAGGGAUAACAUCCAAGGUAUCACAAAGCCUGCUAUCCGUCGUUUGGCUCGUAGAGGUGGAGUUAAGCGUAUCAGUGGCCUUAUCUACGAGGAGACCAGAGGAGUCCUUAAGAUCUUUUUGGAGAAUGUUAUCCGUGACGCUGUGACUUACACUGAGCACGCAAGGAGGAAGACCGUGACCGCCAUGGAUGUUGUUUAUGCUUUGAAGAGGCAAGGAAGGACCCUUUACGGUUUCGGCGGUUAAUUUUCUUUAUGCUCUUGUAAGAUUGUCAAUAGUUGAUUAGUACUCGUUAAUCUUGGCUCUAGAUCUUAAGUGUAUGGUCGUUUAUGUUGCUAGUUUGCUAUUAUUGUAAUUCUUUUUAACUUUUAUUUCAAUUUCAUCUAAUACAAGUUGUAUCAAUUUCCCAA